CUCUCUCUUUCUCUCUCUCUGUGAGUGUGAAAUCUCACAUGGAGAUCUGGCUCAUCCUCCUCCUCCUCCUCGCCACUCUAUGCCUCUGUGCUACCCUCAAAGCUCUCCUUGAUUUCUUCUCACACAACACAAAUCCCAGAUGCCCACCAGGUCCUUGGACAGUACCCAUCAUAGGCAACUUCCUGUGGCUUCGUGAGAGCUUGUUAGAUCUCGAGCCAAUCCUCAGCAAGCUCCAUACCAAGUACGGUCCCAUCAUCACUGUCCCCAUUGGCUCUCAACCCAACAUUUUCAUUAAUAGCCCUUCCAUUGCUCAUCAAGCCCUCAUCCAGAAUGGAGCCAUCUUUGCCGAUCGCCCACAGACGCUUAAUCAAUCUGCCACUAGCAAGCUGCAAAGAGCCAUCAGCUCUUCUCCUUAUGGCCCAUACUGGCGUCUCCUCCGCAGGAAUCUCACUUCUGAGAUCCUCCACCCUUCUCGGCUGAAGAGCUACAGGAACACCCGCAAGUGGGCCUUGCAUACACUUAUCAGCAAGCUCAAAGACCAAUCUGAAUCUGGCAAAUCCAUUUGCGUGACCACACACCUUCGCCUCUCCAUCUUUUCCUUAGUAUUUUCCAUGUGUUUCGGCCAAAAUUUCGAUGAGGAGAUAAUCAAAAAGGCUGAAGCUUCUCAAAGAACAUUCUCUGCCAACUUCACUAGGUUCAGAAUCCUGACCUACAUUCCAAAUUUGGGGAAGAUAAUCUUUAAGAAUUUGCAGAAGGAACUACUCGAUCUGUCACACCACCGUGCAAAUGUUCUCACUUCGUUGAUAAGAACCCAGCAGAUUGAACGAAAGGAGGAGAAUCAUCAUGACACAGAUGAUCAGUUAGUAGUAUCUUAUAUUGAUACACUGUUCAAGAUUUGGCUUCCAGAUGAAGGAAGGAAGCUCAACGAGUUUGAGCUGAGGACUUUAUGCUCAGAGUUUCUUAAUGCAGGCACUGAUGCAACAUCAACUGCAAUGGAAUGGAUAAUGGCCAAUCUGGUGAAGUAUCAAGAUAUCCAAGCAAAGCUAUAUUCUGAAAUCAAAAAGGUUUUGGGAGAAGAAGAUGAAGAGAUCACAGAAGAAGAUUUGCAGAAGAUGCCAUACUUGAAGGCAGUAAUAUUAGAAGGGCUAAGGCGACAUCCUCCAUUUCACUUUGGGAUGUCACAUAGUGUGACAGAGGAGUUUCAUUUAAACAGCCUUGUCAUACCUAAGAAUGCUGUUGUGUAUUUCAAUAUAGCAGAAAUGGGGUGGGACCCAAAUGUGUGGGAGAAUCCAAUGGAGUUCUGUCCAGAUAGAUUUUUGAGUGGUGAAGGAUUUGAUAUAACAGGGGGGAAGGAGAUAAAGAUGUUGCCUUUUGGUGUGGGGAGAAGGAUUUGCCCUGGAUAUAACCUGGCAUUGCUUCUUAUAGAGUAUUUUGUAGUUAAUCUGAUCAAAGAUUUCAAAUGGAUGGCUGUUGAGGGAGAAGAUGUUGACUUGUCACCGAUGCAAAAUUUUGAGGUUGUGAUGAAGACUCCUUUGAAGGCCCACAUAUCUCCAAGAGUGAAGUAAGAAUCCACGUU